AUGACUUUAAAGGACGACUUCCGGUCUGGAGGACGCAGAUCUGGCAUUUCACAACACGCCUCCAUUUCCCCGGUUUUCUCCUCGGAUCCUGCUUUUGACAUCAGCUCCGAGAAAGUGACUCUGAUCAUUGUGAGGAGCGUCAAAGCCAAGGAAAGACCAAAAGAAGAAAUUCAAAAGAAGAAGAAGGACACGCCGGAGAGCCAGACCAUAGUCCAGACCAGGGAGCUUGGUCUCUCUGCGGGCGAUGAAGACGAGCUCGGGGGAGGGAAGAGGAGGAAGACGAGGCCCCAGGCGGACGACCCGGCCGAGCUCUGGGUCCAGCGCCGACACCAGCGGCGCCAGAACAAACUGAAGGAGAAGGAGCGGGAGAACCGGACUGUGUUUGUGGGCAACCUGCCGCUGUCUGCCACCAAAAAGGUACCACCCAGCAAGGGAUAG